AACCUGCCCUCCAAAGAGCUUCCCAGUGCUGCUGGGAGGAUCUGCUGGAGAUGAAGACUCCUCUGGUCACYUUGCUGGCUGCUGUCYURUGUGUGGAACAAGUUUAUCCAUUUAUGUGCUACACCUGCCAAGAUCAGGAGUCCAACAAGGACUGUUUGACCAUUUCCAUGUGUGACGAGGAGGACAAACACUGUGUGACCGUUCGGAAGGACGUCGGGACAAAGCCCAACAAGCCUAAAUACGUCAUCUCCAAGAUGUGCUCUCCAACAUGUCCAGCRUUGGAUCAGCAACAAACCCAAAGCUUCCAGAACGUUUCUUGCUGCGAGAAACCCUUGUGCAACGUGAAUGGAGUCAGCAGCAGGCAAAGCAGCCACGGAAUGAUGUCCCUGGGCAUCCUGGCCAGUGUCACUUAUGUCCUUGCAUACGGAUUGUGAUGGGUUUGGAAGAGCUCCCCACGAUGGYUGAAAUAAAAGUGUUGUUCUGGGAUAAUUCCUGCUCUCAGAGAUUUGUGUUUUGUGGUUGAGYUUCCCCUGGGAUUUUCAAGAGCCUGGAUAAGUCAGGUGCUGAACUCCCAUCGAUUUCCUGAGCCUACUUGAAUCCAAUGUGUCCCCAGACAUGCAACUCACCGAAGAAAACACAAUAAAAAACAGCCUUUUUGACA